AUUCUUUCCGGGGCUGGGAAAUACAAUUUGUUUCGUCUCCUCCCCUCUAUAAUAGUAUCCAGGUGAUAUUUCCAGAUGAAAUGACAAGCAAUGUCUCUGUCGAGGGGGGUAAGAGCAACCGGGGCGUCGACCGUUGCUAAGCGACAUCCCGACCAAUGAAACGGCGUUUCUAACCUCAUGAUGGAAAAUUCCAGUUCUGGAAACUUCUCUAUUAAAGCAUUACAGCCUUCAUAUAGCCUAUAUAUAAGGGAGAAGCGGAUAGAAGACAGUAUUAUCCAUUAGCUGACCCGAUACCUGCGAUAAGAAAACGAGUAUUAUUUCUCUCCAAAUCAUUACAAGACGUUGGCCAAGAUGGUUCGAGUUAAGGUACAGAGUCCCAAUGUACGCUACACUAGCGACUAUAUUGAGGCCGAUUAUGCUUAUCAUACCUCCGAUGUCAAGGUAGACAAUGGAGAAUAUAAAAUUUCUCCACGUACUACUGAAGUUACGUUUCGUACCCAGAGAAAAGUGCCUAGAUUAGGUCUGAUGAUGGUGGGAUUAGGCGGUAAUAACGGCACUACGGUGACAGCCGCAAUUUUGGCAAAUAAGAUGAAACUUUCUUGGCACACUAAAGAAGGAGUAGUGAAAGCCAACUAUUUCGGUUCCUUAACCCAGGCAUCGACAGUGUGCUUGGGAUCGUCGCCAGAUGGCGACGUUUACGUUCCUAUGAAGGACCUGCUUCCCAUGGUCGACCCCAACGACAUCGUCGUCGACGGGUGGGAUAUUUCGUCCAUGAACUUGGCCGACGCCACGGAGCGCGCCAGAGUUCUGGACUACAACCUUCAGGUUCAGCUGAAAGAGCACUUGAAGAAAAUGGUCCCACGCCCGGCCAUCUACCAUAAAGACUUCAUCGCCGCCAAUCAGGAGAGCAGGGCCGACAACGUGUUGACAGGCAGCAAGUGGGAACAAGUGUGUGCCGUCAGGCGCGACAUUCGAGACUUCAAAGAGAAGCGUGGUCUGGACAAGGUGAUAGUGUUGUGGACGGCCAACACUGAGCGAUUCUGUGACGUCCGCCCGGGUCUGAACGACACCGCCGACAAUUUGCUGGCCUCUAUCAAGAACGAGGCAUCGGAAAUAUCGCCCUCCACCCUCUAUGCCGUGGCCAGCAUAUUAGAAGGGUGUGCCUACAUCAAUGGAUCUCCUCAGAACACUUUUGUUCCCGGGUGCGUGGAGUUGGCCGAGAAGCAUUCGGUGUUUAUCGGCGGCAACGACUUCAAAUCUGGCCAGACCAAGUUCAAAUCCGUCAUCGUCGACUUCUUGGUCAGCGCGGGCAUCAAGCCCGUCUCCAUCGUCAGUUACAAUCAUCUGGGCAAUAACGACGGCAAGAAUCUGUCAGCCCCCCAACAGUUCCGUUCUAAGGAAGUGUCCAAGAGCAACGUGGUCGACGACAUGAUCGAGUCCAACAGGAUCCUUUACGAACCCGGAGAGAAACCCGACCACUGUGUGGUGAUCAAAUACGUGCCGUACGUGGGCGAUAGCAAGAGGGCCCUGGACGAGUACACGUCAGAAAUCAUGAUGGGAGGUCACAACACCAUCGUGGUGCACAACACUUGCGAAGAUUCGUUGCUGGCUAGUCCAAUCAUCCUAGAUCUGGUCAUCCUGACCGAAAUAUGCCAAAGAAUAAGCUUCAGGGUAGGAGACGAUCAGAAAUUUGAGAGUUUCAAUAGUGUAUUGUCUAUCCUUAGUUACCUAUGCAAGGCUCCUAUGGUUCCUAAAGGCGCACCGAUCGUCAAUGCCCUAUUUAAGCAGCGGGCCUGCAUAGAGAAUAUUUUCAGAGCCUGCAUCGGACUUCCUCCUCUGAAUCACAUGGAGCUGGAGCAUAAAGUUUGCCAUCCCGAAAAAUGGCAGGCAAAGAACGUGGACCCCAUAAAGAAAGACGAAAACAUUCCACUAUAUACAAAAUUGCAGGAUGUCGAAUGCAUUAACGAACUGCUUAGAACAGAUAGAAUUAACGGAGUUCUUAAUGGUUACCAUUAAUGAUAUCGUUUUAGAUAUAACUGUACAUAGAUCACUUCAUUUAUGUAUUUAGAUUUAUUAUUGUUAUUAUUAAUAUUAUUAUUAUUAAACAUGUUGCAUGUUUUAUCUCGUAUUAUAA